CCGCAUUCAUUUCUGCACCUCCGUCUGUUGAUCUAUGUAAAGAAGUAAUGAAAAGGAUGGGUGAUGACUUCCCAAUGUUAUAUAAAUCGUGUUCACUGGAAAAGGGGAACAGUUCCGAAGCACAUGGACAAAAUAUCUUGUUAUACCGGCUUGCAGCAAUGGAACCAUUUCACGCAGUUGACGAGCCAUUCUAUCUUAAUUAUCACAGUCUUUUGGUGGACAAUCUUAACUGGGCGCACUCUAGUUGCCUAUACAAUGGUUACAUUGACACGCAACCGACUGAAUUUUCCUGAAGCCGGUAACUUGCAAAACUCGUGCGACACUGAGAAGUUUACUCGAAAAUAUUUGACUGUACUCUCAUCAUAUAUAAAUAAAAA